CAUGUGACAUAAUCAUAUAAGUGUCCACAUUGUCAUCAUUAUGUUUUUCAAUUUAUUUACCAAAAGGGGACUGCAUUUCUCUAUAAAAGGAGACUCCCUUCACUUGUUGUAGUAGAGUUGUUUUGAGUGGGAAUUGCUCUCUUGCAAAACUUCCUCCCAUCAUCUUCUCUCAAGAAUUCCUGUGUAAGAAGUCUAUCAAACUAUCAAGUUUUACUUCAUCUUUUUCAAAUCAUCUUCAACUUUUAUUUAUUACGUGCAUAACUGGUCAUCUUUGUUCAACGACCCAUGGUUAGCUUGAUGCAUUGCAAUGUAAUUUAUUACGAUCAACUUUUUUCGACGACCAGUUACUGAUGGUGGGAAAAUGUAGUGUUUUUCUGAUGGAGCAAGCUAUCCCUCACAAAUAAUACCAUUUCCGACGAAACAUUUCUGACAAUGCAUACAGUUCGUAAAAACAACUCAAUUAUUCCCACGAUCUUUUUUAAGACUCGAAAAAAGCAUAUAUUACCGAUAGCAUUCUAAAACUUGUCAGUGAUAAUAAUUAUUUUCGACGCCAUAGCAUGUUUCGUUACAAAUAAUGACCCAUGAUUCCUCAAAUUUUCCUAAUUUAUAAUUUUCGACGAAUUUUCUAAUUAUUUCUGCCACAUGCAUUUUUUCACAAAUAUUAUCCUUUCUCCUUUCCAGCCGCCAGUCGUUAUCUUCUUGCUCUACUUUUGGCCCAAGCUUCAAGGUAUGAUGAUCAACUAUUCAUUAUUUGUCAUGUUUUCACAUGUAAGUUUGAUUCAGUAUGUAUGCUCUUUGUUUGUCUUGAUAGCAAUGGCGUCCCUACUUACACCACAUACCAGAGAAAAGGAAGAAAACGAUCACGUGAGCUCAAUUACGAUUCAUGUUAUGGGACAAUCCAAGUACCACAUCGGAAAUACAAGAGAAGGAACCAUUGUAUAUUAGUGUCAAUCAAGCUCAUUAGUACGAUACCUUUGGGGACGAUACCUAAAAAGUAAAACCGUGUGGGCUUGGCCCAAAGCGGACAAUAUCAUACUAAUAGAGCGAAUCCGUGACUUCUCCUCUCCGAAAUUCGUCAUUUAUCAAAUAACUUAGAGUGAACACGCAGACACUUAAAGAUCAAAAUCAAACAAUUACAUAGUGUUUGGUAUAAAUGAAUUCCAUAAGUUUUUAGGAAUUCAUUUUGAAAUGAAAUCUUUUUGUGUAUGGUAUUUAAAAGAAUUCAUUCUCAAUUCUAAAUUUUGAAUUCUACGGAAUUGGAACUAGUUAUAGCAAUUCCGAGUAAUUGUGAUGGAAUUUUCAAAUGAAUUCCACAAGUAUUUACCAAUUAUGAUAAAAAAGACAUAAUUAUUCUCAUUUAUUAACAAAAUUACUUCUACAUAUAUUAUUUGGCGCAAAUUCAUGUAGUAUGAGGAACGUCGACAAGAAUUUGAUUGUAACGCUAAUAGCAUAUACCAAACACAUGAAUUCAUUUGACAAUGAAUUCUACACAGGAAUUCCUUUUAAAACGAAAUGAAUUUUGGAUUCAUUUGGUACCAAACGGUCUGUUAGGCUCAAUUAUCGGCACAUAAUGAGACAUAACCAGACGUCUCAAAAUAGUGUGGUGGUGGAAGCUGUCAAUUGCAACCUCGAAGUCAGCAAUUCGAGUGUCGUGGCAACUUGGAUUUUAAUUUUACCCUUUAUAAACGUUUUCUACCUUCUCUACUCUUACUUAAUGAGAAUCUCAAUCUAGGUAGACAUUUCACUAUGUAUAAUUUCAGUUUCCGCUUUAGUUCCACUGUAGACUAAAUUUAAAAGACUAAAUUUAGACAAAUGCUUUAUUUUCUUUUGUGUUUAAUUAUUGGAUUAUCAACUAACCAAGUAUGUCUGUCAUGUGUGCUAUGCGAUCUUGCAAGAAAGUGUUACACUUUAGAUUAUUAGUCUUGUUUUUACUUUUUAGUCUCUACUACUAGUAGUGAUGGUGAAUUGACUUUUUAUGUCAUGCAAUUACUCUUUAACUGUUUUGUACCUUCUCUACUUUUACUGAAUGAGAACCUCAAUAUAGAUACACAUUUCAAUAUGCAUAAUUUCAGUUUUAUGCUUUAGUUCCACUUUAGACUAAAUUUAGACAAAUACUUUAUUUUCUUUUGUGUUUAAUUAUUGGAUUAUUAACUAACCUAGUAUGUCCGUCAUGUGUGCUAUGCGAUCUUGCAAGAAAGUGUUACCCUUUAAAUUAUUAAUCUUCUUUUGACUCUCCUAGUCUCUACUGUUAGUGGUCAACAUACUUUUACUGUCAUGCAAUUAGUGACUAAACUACGCAACAAAUGAGUGAUGAUUUUCUUGCCGAUGAUCUUAUAUUUAUAUUGAACAAGAUGUAAACGACACUUUUCACAUAGAUUGUCUUUGAGUGAUGUGAUUAAUCUCAAAGAUGUCGUGUACGUUUAAAAUAAUAAAUUAUAUUUGAUAAUUUCUUAUAAUAUUAUUUUGUUUGAAAACAAAUCACCCCCCCCCCCCCACCACCCCGGGACUUGAAUUCCUGGCUUCGCCCUAGCUCGUGACGUUGUGUUUAGCUAAACAACACUAUUUCCUAGUAAUGCGGGGUCAUUGAGUCUACAAUUUCAUACGAUGUUGUUUUCCACUAAAACAAAAUUGUUUCUUGUUACGCGACACCAUUGACCAUGGUCCAAAAUAAUUAUUAUAAUUAAAAUUAAUUAGAUUUGCUUCCUUAAAUGACGAGACGCAUUAACGCGGUAUUGAAUUCAUGCCAAAAUAAUUUUAGGUGUCUACAAACUAUAUGUUGAUGGACUCCCAAGCUUAUACUCACUGGCAAAUCUGGGCUACCAAGCUUACGCUUUUCAUUGUUUCGCAGGUCAGUCGAGUACAAACUAACCCCAGUCGAGUCACCCUAUUCGCACCAGAUUCUUCUAAAUUAUGGCACUAAACAUUUGGCCUGGUUCUUUCAAAAGUUCUUGCCCCAAACAUAGACAUUGUUAAUUUGAGCGAUUAAUUUCUUCAUCGGUGUUUUACGCCGCAUUUGGCUUUAUAGUUGCUUUCGAUAGUGAUCUGCUUCCUAAACACUUGUAAAUUGCUGAAGGAUGGAUGUGACGAUCUAGCCCAAGCUUAGUGUUGCAUAGUGAAAAUUUAUUGGUCAGUGUUUUGAGCAGUGUUAUUAAAGUCGAGCCGCUCGGCCCGACCUGUAAAACCACUACCCGGUUAUAAAACCGACUCGGAACAGUCUAAAAAUCGCUCCGGUUUUAUGUCGCGUUUGACGAGCGGCCGUGGCGGUUUACUGCUCGAGCCGCUCGUCCGGUUUUUGCCAUUCAGCCGUUAAAUUUAAUUAAAAAAAUUGCAGAAAAUUGAAAAUUGAAAUAAACCAAAAACGUCGGGCUCUUAAACUGAAUUUUUAUUUCCAUUUCACAAUUUGAAGGAAAGAGACGAGCUCUGAUUAAGAAAUGUCCACUAUUUAUAUUGAUAACAUUUAUUAGGUACCGGUUCUCUAACGGUUUUUAAACGGUCUAAUAUCGAUUGAACCACUACAGUGCGAGCCGUUAGCAUUACUGGGUCAUGCUCCGGUUCGGUUCUGGUUUUGAGUGCAUUGUUCACAACUCACAACACAAUCUGACGGGCCAUGGAGAUACAACACGAGAAGAAAUGGGCCCCGCGCAUAGCCUUUGGCAUCGGACAUACGGGGAGGGCAAGGUUAGUGACGCAGAGCUGCUUGCUUUGGCUCUCAUAGUGCAAUCGAUGGCCUCGGUCCAUUUUCUGGGCCCAUUCCCAAAGGCCCAAAAGCGAGCCGACGGAAAAUAAAUAAACGACGACCAGGCUAGGGGUAGACAAGACAAGUCACUUUCGUUUUCGGGUUAGGGAUGGGGUUGGGACUUGGGAGAAGGAUUUAUCUACUAUACUUAUAAUACACCGAAGGGGAAAACAGCUUCCCCAUUUCAAAUUUCCUGCAACGAGAGUGAAAGUAGGAAGGACAUUUUGGUCUUCACAAUAACUUUUUUUUAUUCAUUAAAAAGACAUGUACUAGGAUUCGAACCAUGACCAUUUUAUAGAAAAGCAAGGAUCAUAACCAAUCACACUAAGUAGAUUUGUUGUAUCUUUUUAAAUUAAAAACAUAUAAUAGCAGGGAGGAAAAAAAUCUUCCCCCAUUUCAAAUUCCCUGCUCCAGGAGCGUUUGUAGGAAGGGUAGAAUAGGGAGUGUCAAUUUUUUUCUCUUUUCUCUGUGGAACGGGCCAACUUACCGUACACAUGCGGAUUUAAACGGGUCCAAGAGUGUCAAUUUUUUUCUUUAAUCCCUUUUAUUUCUCCGUGGUGAUAAAAUAUAUAUGAAAAGGAAAAAAUAAUACUCCUUUUAUUGUUAAAAAUAAAAAAUUUAACAAUAAACUAAUGAAUGGUAUCUAAUGGCUAACCGCUAACCAUAAAAUAAAAGAGUUGAAUGGGUCUGACCUACACGGGAUUUGGCCAUCAAGUAAAACAAAUGAACAUAAUUGGUUUGUCAUUCUAAAACAAGCUAUUUUCUCUGGCAUAAUAUAUAUUAUGCUAUUAUUUUAUAUCUUAGUGGCUAAAAUAUAAUGUAUUUUAAAGUUAUUCAAUGGUUCAACCUCGACCAACCCAAUUAGUCCAAUUUUUAUCAUUUCAAAUAUAUAUUAUAUAAUUAUUUGAUAUCAUAAUGAUCAAAUUAUAGUGUAUUUUAUAGGGAAUCGUUUGAUAUUUGUUAGUAAAAAACUAAACUGAAAGAUCUAUUUGGUUAUUUUAAACAUUAAAACGAUCCUAAACAUUUUCAGUUCCUUUUGAAUUUCUAUGGUUUUAUUCCCGAAUAAGUGAUGUGCAAAUGGCGAAUUGCAGUCAUCUCUUUUCUUUCACUAUUUUUUAUUUUCAAAUAGAAAGUUUAAAAUUAAAGAAUAAUUAGGAUUUUUGCCCGUUUGUUUUAUGCAUUGCAAAUUUAUUAGCAUGUUGAUGGAAAUGGCUUGGAAAAAAGACAUAUAAGUUGUACCUUUGCAGAAAUGUCCUCAAAUGUUUGAAUGCUUUGCGAAUCAGGUUCCAUGACUUUUGUGAUGGUGUAUGUGCUUGACGAUUGCUCGAUGUUGUAACUACUUAAUUUGAGAGUAAAUCUUUUUAUUUUCCCUAUGAGGUGUGAUACCAGUUCUGGUGGUUGCAGCAGGUUGUCGUUGUUGGCCUGUAAAAGUUUUUCCGUCGUGAUGCUAAAUACCUUUCUUUCCUUUUUAACAAAUUGUGUAGUAGUGCUAUGAAACAGACCACCCAUGAACGCUACGCUUAUUAUGGUCUAUUCUUACUUCCGGUGGUGAGAAAUUGUGAAUUGAGAAUCAUAUUCGCCUACCGCACUGUGUCUGGCUGGUGGCUGCUUACUGUGCUCUCUAGAGUUAUGAAAUAGACUACCCAUGAACGUUUACUUAAGAGUCCAUAACUUUGCGAAAAACCAAAUUUAGGCAAUCAAAGGUGGUGGAUGUGUGAUGAUUUUUUAUGGCUUAAUUGUUUGUGAAUUGGAUAUCUGAUCUUUGUAUGAUUAGAGGGGAUGUUUUCUUAAUAGAAUAAUCCAUUUUAAUUCAUGUUUAUUUUUAACAUGAACUUUAGUAACUCAAAACCUUCGAGACACAUAUCACCUAUUGCAUUGUAUCAUUUUGCCUGGGUGCUUGUUGUGUUGUCAAACUUCUUUGUUGCUGCUACAUUUACACUAACAAGGGAGUUAAGAACCCAUGAAUGUUUUCGUUUGACACAAACAUGAGGACUUGCUUCUAAAUCGUGCACUAAAGAUGAUUGGAGGAAACAUCUCUGAUGCAGUUGAUAUACUGGAGACCAGAACAAAAGCAACGUAUAACAUCAAAACCAACCAUCUGAACUAUUAGCAUUGUUGCUUUACUCUUUUUUUUGUGGUUGAGUCUCCUUAAAAAAAUUUAGUUUGAUUUUAGAAAAUUUUGCUUCUGCAGUCCUAUCUUGCCACCAACGUGUUCAGUAGAUGGAGAUGGCGGAGGCGAAGGCUAUUUUUGUGUUGUUGUUUCUGGUUUAGGGAUCGGUUUGUGAAGAAGAGGGAGAAGAGAGGGGGGAAAGGGAAAUGCAGGAGAGGGGGAUAACUCUUUUCUCCGACAAAAAUGGAGUGAAGAAAGGAAUUAUGAUCAAUAAGGAUAUGGUUAUCUUACAUAACAGUAUCUAUUCCGUUUGAAUUGAGCUUGGGAGGCAGUGAUAAGGACGAGCUGCAACCAAUUCAUAGUGAGAAGAGAGCUAUGAACUAUAAUCAUGUCUUAUUUCAAGUUAGAAGGUAGUUUCAGUAUAAGGAUUAUUUAAAUUGACAAGUUGUUUCGUCCAUGAUUCUUGGUAGUUUCAGUGCCAUUCUAGCCAUUGUUUAGUCUGUAAUUUUUUAGAAUUGAUGUGCGAGUAAUGACUUUCACUUAGCUUCAACUAUUAUGUGUGUAUUUAUUGGCAUGUGAUAUAAUUCUCUUUUCCUUUUCUUUGAAUUAAGUUUCAUACUCUAAUUGUAUCAUUUGUACAUAGGCAAAUCAUGCUCGAGAUGACAACUCGCUGAUAUGGCUGGUGCAAGAAAUGAAGCCAUCAGUAGAAUUCAGACCGACAACGGGGAGGGAUGCCCAGGACUAAUUCAAUGAUGAUUGAUGAUGGUAUAAUAAAAACUGCAGUCUGAUCAGCACCAAUUUCUAGGCCUAAGUAAAGUUAUUCAACCAAGAACUCUGUUUAGCGCUAAAAAUUGCCCUCACCCAACUUUGAUCCUGUUUGACCCACUUCUAAAGAGUCAAGAUAUAUGACUAAUCCUCUUCGUUCGUAUUUUCUUAUUGACUCUUUCUGACUCUUUAAGUUGGGGCGGGUCGGGAAGAAUCGGAUUAGUGGGUCGAUCCUAAUUAAGUGGAAUCACAAUCCCUUCACUCUCACUUGCUUUCUCUCCCAUUCCACAAGUGAGAAACAUACAGUAAUCCGGCCAACGGCCCGGGUAAUAAGCUAGUAAUUAUAUAUAUAUGCUCAUUCCUUCAUAGAUCUCAUCUGAGCGAGCGAGCGAGUUUCGGCGGAGGAGGGGAAUAUUUUGUUGUUGUUGUUAUAUCCGGUCGGUCGGUGAGCAUGGCUCAUAUGUUGUUGUUGGGGUCGCUACAGGUCAUUUUGGGGUGCAAGCAGUCUGUCUCUCAACUUCGCGCGAGGAGUCCUAGCGCGGGCGGGUGGGGAUCCAGCUACAAACAUUGGAUUAAUCUCCCUUGGAACUGCUUCCCCUUGUAUCCCGGCGUCGCAGGUUUCGCCGGCGAGCCUCUAGAUUCUCCAAGCCAGCAUUAUCUUGUUGCAAAUGCUGCUGCUGUCGGUCGGCUUUUGGAGAAUGGAGACAGAGCCUACCGUGCUGGAGGCGUCAAUCCACACUUCUACUAUACCAACCACUCAUCCGCCGAAGAAUUCGAGGCUUCUGAUUUCGCAGAAUUUGAGGAUACUGCUGGUUUUGCUGUCAUGUGGGUCAACCAUUGCUUAACCUUUUGCCCUCUUGAGGAUUUCGGAGCUACUAUUCUCCCUGAACCUGUGCUUCCCGUCAACAAAUCGGACUUGCAGAUUCCUUUUGCUGCUUGGCAAAAGCUAUAUCAGUCGUGUCUCAAGAAAGAAGAGGAGGGAGUAGCUGCAAAGUGCGAGUACUUCAGGUGUAAAGUACACGACGGCAUAGUUGGCGUGAACAAGGAAUAAGAUGAUGCAUGGUUCCUUAAGCUGUAGAACGAACAAGCACUGUUCAAAUGUGUUGUGGAUACUACUUAAAUUAGACGAUGUGGAGUAGACCUUAUGAAAUGAU